GACGUUCAGCAUUUAAUCUUCGACCCGGGAAACCUUCGGCAUCACAUAGUUGUUGCCAUGUUAGGGAGGUCCCGAAUGAGUUACGCAACAAACACUUUAUGAAACCAAAUGGUCUGAAUCAAUUCUACCAGAAAUAUACGGAAGCUUAUGGUAUUCCUGUUGUAGGAUCGGAUCAAGUGUCAGAUAAUGCAUUGAGACGAGCUUGUUAUGUGGUGAGAUUUAUGUUUGCCGAUAACAAAGAUGUUCGGACGUCCUACUACAAACGUUAUGGACGAGUGGCAGUAAUUGGAGCCUCGGAAGGGACGACAGAUAUCCCCGAACACAGUUGGCUUCCAAAUAGAAUGAACGAGAGAACACGUGGUCUAGGAGCAACUGAUUAUGCACCAGUGUGUACUGCAGGAGAAGAAAAUGCUUCAUGUUUUUGCCAGGAUAAAUACUUUCUUGAAGAUAUAUUUGUCCAUGAAGUUGCUCAUGGAGCUCAUUUUUUGGGUGCAAAAUACGCUAUUGCUGGUUGGAGUACAAAACUUAUUAAUCAGUUUGAAGAUGCACAGAGAACUGGUCUUUGGAACGACACAUAUGCAAUGAAUUCAUCGGCUGAAUAUUUUAUAUAG